UCCGUCUGCUCCUUGGUCUCCGGGAGGAACUUCAAGCCAGUUAUUAUCAGAUUUACUCCCCGAAUGCCGAGUCGCUUGGGCUUCAAACUUGGUGUUCACACAAGGCCAGCAAUAUGUUUGACCCCAUACUCGUGGUGGUCUGCUGUGCGGGCUUAGGGUUAACGCUCUCAUACUUUACACUUGGUAGCUCUCGCCUGCCUCAUCAGUUCCAAGAAAAAGCUAGUGAGGAAGUUAAAGAUAAUGAAAAUUCACGUCCAGCCAAGAGGAGAGUGAUGUUUGUAACCGCCCAUCCAGAUGAUGAAGUUAUGUUCUUUGGCCCAACAAUUCUACACUUCACACAGAGGGAGGGCGCAUUGGUAUACCUCCUCUGCCUUUCUACAGGUUGGUUAUGAUGGAAUAUGUUACUUCAUCUUUUAUCUUGCUCAUUUUACCAACUUAGGUUGUGUAAUAAUUGAAAAGUAUACAUUUUGGAAGUCUGUUCUAUGGAGAGUUGCCAUCUUCUUGGAGUAUCCAGAGAAAACAUCCUCCUGUACAGAUGUGAUGACCUGCCAGACAACCCCUCCAUUGUGUGGCCUACAGUGCGCACUGCCAACCUCAUUAACCAAUAUCUACAUGCUCUUGACAUUGACAUGGUUGUAACAUUUGAUAGCGGAGGUGUAAGUGGUCAUAUCAACCAUUCAUCCCUUUACUCUGCUCUUCAGCAUUUGGUGGAAGAAGAUUAUUUGCCUGAAAAUUGUGAAGCUUUCUCAUUGGACACAGUGAAUAUCCUGAGGAAGUAUUCGUCCCUCCUUGACGUCCCCCUCAGCUAUGCUCUCUCGUCAUGUGCCUUCACUGUAGAUCGUAAGCAGUACUCAAUUAUACAGAGAGCAAUGAGGGCACACAUCAGUCAUAACUGUGACCUAAGUAAUGAUGUUCAAGUAAUGCAAAUAACAGAUUAUAUUGCUCCUAAAGAUGUCAUGUUAUUUCUUAUGCAGUGAAAACCAAAUAUGCAGUGAUAUAUCAGUGUAACUUUUUGUGAUUGCAUUUAGAGGCACAAUAUAGAGUAAAUGUUUGUGCAAGUACUUUGAAAGACUAUGAUCAUGGUAACUGAAAUAUUGGUGAUGAUAAUUUCUGUGAUUGCAUAUUAUUUUACUGGUUGGAAUUUGAAGAAGUUAUUUAAUAAAUUAAAGUAUGAUUUUUUAAA